AUGCUGACGGCUGAGCAUGUGCUCUCGGUGGAGAUGCUCGUCGCUGGCUACCCCUUUGCCUUUGUCGAGUUCUUUCAUCUCAAUCAUCGCCCAAAGCGGAUCCAGGUCAACUUUGAGACUGGAAAGGAAGAGGUGGUCACUCCGCGAGCCAUGACCACGCCGCAGCUGGAGGCUAUGGUCGAGAACCUGCUUGUGGCCGAGGAGGCCAAGCGAAAGGGCGAGAUCAAUGACGUGCUCGCAGCGUACAUCAACUUGGCAGACUACUUUGAGGACGAGGGCGACUUUGACACCGCCAUCUCCUUCCACAAGUCGUGCUGGGAACUGGCGUCAAGUGCAGGCAAGGCCGAGGCCGAGGGCUACGCCAACUGCCGCCUCGGCAUGUGCUACGAGCGCAUCGGCAACGUCGACGCCGCUGUCGGCUACUACGAGCAGUACCAUCUGCUCUCAACCCAGCCCGAGGCCGUUAAGGACGCCUGCUCGCAUCUUGUCAAGUGUUACUGGAUCCAGGCCGAGCGCGCAGAGACCCGCGGCAUGUAUGACGUUGCCAUCGAGCACUACAAGGCCUGCAUGAGCAAGGCUGCAGAGGGCGGCGACACCGCGGCAGAGGGCGAGACCAACUACCGCAUCGGACUAACCUGCGAGCAGCUUGGCCAGACCCUCGAGUCCAUCGAGUUCUUUAAGAGCUAUCUCGACGUCUGCCGCCGGACCGGCAACGCCGUCGCCGAAGGCACCGCCUGCUUUGCACUUGCCAAGGCCUACCAGAAGCUCGACGACCUCGACACCGCCGUCUACUACCUCGAAAUCUACAUUGAGCUCGCUGAGAAGACCAAUCAGCCGUCAGCGCUCUCCGAGGCCGCCUGCUCGCUCGGCAUCAUCUUCAACCAGCAGGGCGAGUACGAGAAGGCCGUCACCUACUUUGACAAGAACUUUGACAUGGCGCUCAAGAUCGGCGACCCGCUCGCCAUCGACAACGCCCGCGUCUUGCUCGGCAUCUCCCGCGGUCACGAGUGCAUGUCCGAGUAUAUGCACCUCGUCGACAUGUCAGACCCAGCCCUGCUGCUGUGGAAGACCACGUUCAACGCCAAGCUCGCCUUUGGCAAGGACCUCGGUGCAAAGGCUGCCGACCACCUCGCCUCGGCCGACUCGGCCUCGGCCGCCGCCCACGCCGCUACCCUUGCCCUCCAGCAAUCAGUAGCGCUGGCAGAAGCAGAGGCAGAGGCAGAGGUGGAGGUUCACACCAAGCCGGAGCCAGGGGUUCAAGCCGCUGCGGGAGCUGUGUGCGGACUGUGGGCGCCUGUGGCGGUGAGCACGGCAGUGGGCGCGGCGAGCAUCCGGGCCUCAGGCUGCCAGCAGGUGGCGGGCGGAUUGAUGGCGUUUGCCACGGCGAUGGUAGCAAGCAUGACCCUCGCCCUCUAUCGCAUCUACACGCUCAUGCACCCGCCGACCUCGGCCUUGGUCUCGUUGCCUGUGGCAAGGACGCUCAUGGCCCGCAUCAACGAUCUGCUCUUGGCCUGCCUCGCCGCCACAGGCGCAGCCUCGCUCUACGCACUCGGCCUCAUCAUCCUCGGCGUCUACAAGCCAUGCUCAUCGGCGGCUUUGUUCUGGCUGGUGGUGCAGGUGGUUGGAUGGGGCGUCUACGGCCCGGCAUCGAUGGCUGGCAUCUACUUCAUCUCGUCCCGCCUCGCCGAGCGUUCGCAACUUGCCCGCUACGCCGAUCGCACCGUCAUCUGGACUCUUCCAUGUGUCCUUAUCCUCGCCGGCCUUGCCUUUCUCGCCGCCUUUAUCACCCUCCUCGUCGCCUUUUUCAUCGGCUCUGCCGUCUACAUCUGA